AUUGCCAAAUACAUAAAGUGUGGGUAUGUAUUUUCCAUGUUUGUAUUAUCCGGCUCUUCCUCCCGAGCACCUCCGGUAUAGAACGUGUCUCAAGCUUUUCCAUAUCCCAAGAAUUUUGAUCAUAGUUUUCAACUAUCAUAGUUAUUUAGCGAUCUGAGGGUGUAAUUUUUUGACCUUCAUAAUGGUUAACGCCACGACAGAUAUAAAUAAAAGCUGUUCAACCACAACAAGCUCUACAGUCGUACCUCUCUUAGUCAAACCGAAAGAGACGAGAAAGUUCCCCUCGAAACCCUUUGACAACUUCCGCAGCGAUGCAGAGCAAGAUCUGGAGCACGCUAUUUAUGUGGGAAGAAAUGGGAGAAGAUACAAUGAUAAAGUCGCGGCAUCGAAUACUGCUAAUACAAACCUGGUUAGAACUUUGAGAGGCCGCCAUUUGCAGGUAUGAUAUUCUUCAUGUAGACUUACAUGAGCGAAAAAUGACUGUGAUAGAUGUUCGCGAUUGGAAGUUCCAUAGGUUAGAUCUCCGUUCUUUCGCACACCUAAAAUAUCUAACAAGGAUAGGUACUGGGCUGUUCGUAGGCUCAGGGGCAGCAUUAGCAAGUGGAGGUCCUGGUUCUCUGCUUCUUGCAUAUAUCUUGAUAGGAGGAAUGUUAUACUGUACUAUGCAAGCACUAGGAGAAAUGGCAGUCACUUUUCCAAUCGCCGGUAAUAAAACUGACAGUGUCUUGAUCACAAGAAGACUAAACAAACUCUAGGUUCAUUCUCGACAUUUGCUACGCGCUUUAUUGACCCAGCUUGGGGCUUUGCAACCGGCUGGAACUAUACCAUUCUAUGUCUCAUCAUUAUGCCGGUGGAGCUCAUGGCCGCAGCCAUUACUCUCGAGUAUUGGGAUCUUCCAAUACCUGCUUGGGCUAGUAUCACAAUCUUCUUAGCCAGCGUCGCUUUUAUUAGUCUUUGUGGCAUCAAAACAUUUGGUGAGGCAGAGUAUGCGUUCUCGAUACUCAAAGUCACAGCUAUCAUAGGUUUCAUGUAAGCACUUGUCAUGAAAGUCUCAAGUGAUUUUUCUAACAAGAUUUUUCUAGCCUUCUUGGCAUCGUGAUAAAUUGCACUGGGACUCCUCAGACGGGUUAUAUAGGGAGUAAGUACUGGAUUAACCCGGGGGCCUUCAAUCAUGGUUUCAAAGGAUUUUGUAACAUACUCGUUAUGGCGGCAUUUUCCUUCGCAGGAACAGAACUAGUUGCAUUGGCUGCUGCCGAGACCUAUAACCCAAGCAAAUCCUUACCAACAGCUAUUAAGCAGGUUUUCUGGCGUAUUGUUCUGGUGAGUAUCAAAUGAAGCAUCUGAUUGGAUUUACACGAAUUAACAAUUCCUAGUUUUAUAUCUUGAGCAUAUUCAUUAUAGGCCUACUCGUCCCCUACAAUACCCCAUCCCUUCUUUCCACCUCAAAUUCCACCACCAAUAAAGCCUCCCCGUUCAUAAUAGCCAUUCAAUCAGCAGGUAUCGAUGGCCUAGACUCAGUAAUGAACGCCGUAAUCCUAAUAGCUGUCUUCUCCGUCGCCAGUUCCUGCGUCUUCGGCUCUUCGCGUCUCCUCGCCUCUCUCGCAGCACAAGGCCAAGCUCCUCGUUUUCUAGCUUACAUUGAUCGUAAAGGCCGUCCUAUAGUCGCCAUUUUUAUCUCUUUAGCUUUCGGCGUCCUUGCUUAUCUAUACGUCUCUUCCAUCGGAAAUGCUGCAUUCACGUGGUUACUAGCUCUCUCGGGUCUAUCGACACUUUUUACUUGGGCAACAAUCUGUUAUUCGCAUAUCCGAUUUCGUAAAGCAUGGGCACAACAGGGCCAUAGUACUGAUUCCCUCAUCUAUCAAUCUUCAGUUGGUACGGCCGGUUCGUGGAUUGGCUUGAUCAUAAUCAUAUUAGUUCUCGCAGCGCAAUUCUGGGUAGCGGUUGAUCCACUAGGUGAUGAAAAUGAGGGAGUUAAUGAUAAGAUUAGUGGUUUCUUUGAGGCAUAUUUGGCAUUACCGGUGGUUUUGAUGUUUUAUGCGGGGUAUAAACUUUGGUAUAGGACUAGGUGGAUGAAGAUUGAAGCGAUCGAUUUGAGGACGGGUAGGAACGACGUGGACGCAGGGUUUUUGUAUAGAGGAUCUAGGGGGCAGAGAUGGGACAUAGGAAUGGAUGAGUGGCCUAGAUGGAAGAAGAUUUAUAAGUUGCUUUGUUAAAUUCAUAUUGGAGAUAAUAACUUAUUUUAUUGUAUUGAAUAUUGUAUAUUUUAGCUACACACUUAGAGUUCAGUUCUCAGAUUAAUACAUUUAAGAUUCGCUGUAUAUGUCCUCAUGGCACCGGGUUGACGUCAGCCCAACCAAUAAGAAAUAGGCUGCGCAACGGGGCUCCGCGGGGCGGACUAUUGCCCUUGGACGGUAACCCGCGGAUGAUCCAUUUGUGGGGCGGGUAAUUGAAGAAUUUGAAUGGGAAAACCGCAAAUAUCUAUUAAUUUGUGGAUAAUCUAUUAAUCCGCGGGUAGGUAGAUUAUCUGC